CAAACAACCAUCAUUCAAUAUUGAAUUCCUCUCCCCUGAAAUGCACCCUUACAAAUCAUCCGCUUCAACCACGAACCUCAACAAGGGAAAAAUCAUCUCUAAACCUACGGUACGAGGCCUGCAUGGAGAAGGCGACGGCGCAAGGCCCAAAAAACCCGAGACGCCUUCAAGAAAAAUCAAAAUCGAAAAAAAUACACCUCAACCAAGCUUAAAAAGUGCUUCUGUUGCCGAGAUUACGCCUACGAAAACCCCUAUUAAAAGAAUAUCGACAAUUUCGACAAACUCAAGCGAAAAAUACGGCACCCCUAGACCAUUUAACGAAACGCCGAAAAAGCAACUGUGUGACCAAGACUUUACCGAUUGCAAAAAUUCCCGAUUUUUCUUGAGGUGCGCCUUGAAAAUGUCUCGUGUUGAUACCAAAACCCAACGGGAAUUGAUCAAAAAGCAGAAAAAUCAAAUAACUCAAAUGGAAAUGGAAAAAGACGUUUUAACUAAACUGAUGAAGUCCGAAAGUCUGAAACGCGAAGAAACGCAACAGGAAUGCCAACUCCUAAAAAGAAACGUUGACUUGUUGGAACUAGAAAACGGUCAACUCAAUGAGGAAAUCCAAGACCUUUCAAAAACUGUAGAUCGGUACAGGAGUCAACUGAAAACCGUUGAAACCGAGAAAAUUAUUUUGACUGAACAGUCGCAAAGAAUGCAGGAGACUAUCGAGAAAAAUAAGUCUGAAAAAAUUGCUUUGACUGAAAAGAUUAGUCUUCGCGAUGACGACAUUAACAUACAAAAGCUCCUCAUCACCAAGCUAAAAGCUAUUAAUGAAGAAAUUGAGCGUAACCUCUGUCAAGCCAGAGCCAAUUACGCUAUCAGAGAGAAGAAAUAUGUCCACUUGAAAGGCCAAUUCAAAAAACAACUGGAAGCGAACAAUUAUCUGUCACUACAGUUGAUUUCCGUGCAACAAGAAAACCAAAACGCCUCAAUCAGAUCCGAAAAGCUGGAAACCCAACUGAACGACUACAUUGAAAGCUGCGCCACCCUCAAAGAAGUUCAGGAAUCCUUAAAGAGGGAAGUUCUGGACGUUUCCCAACAGUUGGAGGUGGAAAUAAAACGUCAGUGGCUCCAAAAAGCUAAACGGAUCGCUUUAUUGUCUUUUGGGGCUUUGGGAAAACUUAUGCUCGUCAUUUUGCCUGCUUACAUGGAGAGACCCGUAAAGUUUUAUUUUUUUUAUUAAGUUAUUGUUAAAUAAAGUUUGAUUGAAAUAUGCUACUCGAACAGUGCAAAAAACAGCUGUUUCAAUUAAAGCUAGAAAUAAGUUAUCACAACUAGGCCUGGUAUAUUCAUUUUCAGAUAAACUAGUUUAUCGGAAGGAGAAUAAACCAGCCCUCAAUACAAAAUAAUCAUUAUUGCUAUAGGUUUAUAUAAAAUUUCUGCCAAAAAGAAUCGAAGCAAAAUCUAUUUUUGGUAAAGAUCAAUAUGGAAAAUUAAUUCUAAAGUCAGUCUACACCAUUCCAAAGCCUUCAGUGCCUUCGCUUAUUGCCAACAGUAAAGCUUUUUCGAAUUGUUCGUAGGAGUCGUAGUCUGGUAAACAGAGC